AUGGAUUAUUUCACAUAUUCCAAUUGGUCUCAAUGCGGCUUCAGGACACCUCAAGAUCUUUUUACCCCUCCGACGGAGCUCCUGGAACGAUACGCCGUUGCCGACGAGUUUAUGCCGGCCGUCCAGACAUUUUUUAAUGAAGAUAGGGCAGAAGAGAUUCAAAGGGCCGUGUUAGGGUCAGAACAGGAUUCUCAAAAGUUCUGGAAGGCCACUGCCGAGGAAGAAGGCAAACCCGUCAUCAAGACGCGAGCCGCCAGGGCAAUCCUUGAGGACGUGGUCGGCCUCAUCCGCGUCACAGGGGACUCAGUUGUCCGUGUCAACAUCGAACCCGACCUACCCAAGGAGGUUUUCAAGGGCAAGGUCAACGGCCAUAUCGGGGCUGCAGAGGCCGCUCAAGCAAUGCCUCUUCCAUGA